AUGGCCCCGUCGCAUAUCGCCAUCCCGCCUCGAGAUGCUGGCGCUGUAGGAGCUUGGGGUGUAUCCAAGAGUCCGCACGUGGCUACAACUACUCUCCGCGUUGAAGGCAUGACUUGCGGAGCAUGCACGUCAGCAGUUGAAGCGGGCUUCAAAGGUGUCGCUGGUAUUGGCAGCGUCUCCGUCAGUUUAGUAAUGGAGCGCGCUGUUGUUAUGCACGAUCCUCAAACAGUCUCUGCCGACCAAGUUCGAGAGAUCAUCGAGGACAGAGGCUUUGACGCCGAGGUUCUGUCCACAGAUCUCCAAAGCCCUGUAGCCAGCCGGUUCACCGAGCAGAAGGGCAGCGUAAACGACCCCGGUUUUGUAACCACCACAGUUGCUGUAGAAGGAAUGACUUGCGGCGCUUGCACAUCUGCAGUUGAAGGCGGUUUUAAAGACGUUCCCGGUGUUAAAAACUUUAGCAUAUCGUUGCUGUCCGAAAGAGCAGUAAUUGAGCACGAUCCCGCCCUUUUAACCCCUGAACAAAUCGCAGAAAUCAUCGAGGACCGCGGUUUCGGGGCAGAGGUUCUAGACACGACGAAAUCAAUGCGCGAGGCCGGGAGCGAUGAAGCGGGUGCUUCGCAAAGUGAUAUUGCAACGACAACGGUGGCCAUCGAAGGCAUGACAUGCGGUGCUUGCACAGCGGCCGUUGAAGGGGGUUUUAAAGGCGUUGAGGGCGUUUUGAAAUUCAACAUCAGCUUACUGGCAGAGCGUGCCGUCAUCACCCACAAUGUGUCCAAAAUUUCCCCUGAGCAAAUUGCAGAGAGGAUUGAAGACCGCGGGUUCGAUGCCGCGGUUCUCUCAACCCAGUUCGAAUCCAGCGACCUUGGACCUCUGGCGUCAACAGCUCAGUUUAGAAUCUAUGGCAACCUCGAUGCCGCCGCCGCCCAAGCGCUAGAGACUAAGCUCAAGUCCACCCCUGGCAUAAGAUCAGCCACGGUGAGCCUUUCCACGGAAAGACUCACAGUGACCCAUCAACCGGGUAUUAUUGGCCUUCGGGGGAUUGUCGAGGCUGUGGAGCAAGAAGGCCUGAAUGCCUUGGUUGCUGAUAGCCAGGACAACAAUGCACAGCUUGAAUCUUUAGCCAAGACGCGAGAGAUCACUGAAUGGCGCACCGCGUUCAGAACGUCCCUGACCUUUGCGAUUCCAGUCUUCAUCAUUGGCAUGAUAUUGCCAAUGGCUUUACCUUCCCUCGACUUUGGCAAGCUCUUGUUGAUGCCUGGUCUCUAUCUUGGAGAUGUCAUAUGUCUUGUUCUUACGAUACCCGUCCAAUUUGGCAUUGGCAAGCGAUUUUACGUGUCAGCAUACAAGUCAAUCAAACAUGGAUCCCCCACCAUGGACGUUCUUGUCAUUCUGGGCACUUCCUGUGCUUUCUUUUUCAGCGUCUUUGCAAUGCUUGUUUCAAUACUGAUCCCUCCACAUACGAGGCCAAGCACAAUAUUUGACACCAGCACAAUGCUGAUUACCUUUAUUACCCUUGGCCGAUUUCUGGAGAAUCAAGCCAAAGGACAAACGUCCAAGGCAUUGUCUCGCCUCAUGUCUCUGGCACCCUCCAUGGCCACAAUUUACGCAGAUCCCAUUGCCGUUGAGAAAGAGGCCGAGGCUUGGGCUAAAUCUGCAGAGGAGGUCAAAACUCCUAAAACCCCUCAAGGACCACCAGAACUUGGCGGCUCGUCUGCCUACGAGGAGAAGUUGAUCCCCACAGAACUGCUCCAGGUUGGCGAUAUUGUCAUUAUUCGACCUGGCGAUAAGAUCCCGGCAGAUGGCUCGUUGGUCCGUGGUGAAACUUAUGUUGAUGAGAGCAUGGUUACCGGAGAAGCAAUGCCAGUUCAGAAACGCCUCGGAGCCAACGUGAUUGGAGGAACCGUUAAUGGCAAUGGCCGCUUCGACUUCCGAGUCACUCGUGCUGGCCGAGAUACCCAGCUGAGCCAAAUUGUGAAGCUCGUCCAAGAUGCGCAGACUACGCGAGCUCCAAUCCAGCAGCUGGCCGAUACUUUGGCAGGCUAUUUUGUGCCCACCAUCCUUAUUCUUGCGCUCCUCACCUUCAUGUCAUGGAUGGUUCUGAGCCACGUGCUGACGAAUCCACCAAAGAUUUUCUUGCAAGAUGCCAGUGGUGGCAAGAUCAUGGUGUGCGUGAAGCUGUGUAUCUCGGUCAUCGUCUUUGCCUGCCCCUGCGCUCUCGGUCUUGCCACACCCACUGCUGUCAUGGUAGGCACUGGCGUCGGGGCUGAAAAUGGCAUACUGAUUAAAGGAGGCGGCGCCUUGCAGAGAACAACAAAGGUGACUCAGGUCGUCCUCGACAAGACGGGAACUAUCACACACGGCAAGAUGAGCGUUGCUAAGUCUACACUUGUGCCUCUUUGGAGAGACAACGAGUGGCGGAGGCGUCUAUGGUGGACAAUUAUCGGGCUUUCGGAAAUGGGGAGUGAGCAUCCUGUCGGCAAGGCUAUUCUCGGGGCUGCAAAGGAAGAGCUUGGUAUAGACCCGGAGGGCGCUAUUCAAGGCAGCGUCGGGGAAUUCAAGAUCAAGGUCGGCCGAGGUGUCAAGGCCCUGGUCGAGCCAGCUUCAUCAGCCGAGAGGGUUCGGUACAGAGUCCUCGCUGGUAAUGUCAAGUAUCUCGAGGAGAACGGUGUUGAGGUUCCAAGCGAGGCCAUCGACGCUUCCGAAGCGAUCAAUGCUGCCUCUUCCAAGAGGACUCUAUCGAAAUCAUCGUCCGCCGGGACUACCAACAUCUUUGUGGCCGUGGAUGGUAAAUACACAGGACACCUCUGCCUGGCAGACGUCAUCAAGGAGGGAGCCGCAGGUGCCAUUUCAGUUUUGCAUCAAAUGGGUAUCAAGACGGCCAUUGUAACCGGUGACCAGCGUUCAACAGCACUUGCGGUGGCAGCUGCGGUUGGAAUCUCGGCCGACAACGUAUACGCCGGAGUCUCCCCCGACCAGAAGCAGUCCAUUAUUAAGCAGAUACAAUCCCAGGGAGAGAUUGUGGCCAUGGUAGGAGAUGGCAUCAACGACUCCCCCGCUCUGGCUACGGCUGACGUGGGCAUUGCCAUGUCGAGUGGUACCGAUGUCGCGAUGGAAGCCGCGGAUGUGGUACUCAUGAGACCUACGGACUUGAUGAGUAUUCCGGCUGCGCUUCACUUGACAAGGACCAUCUUCCGGAGAAUCAAGCUGAACCUUGCGUGGGCCUGUAUAUAUAACGUCGUUGGUCUACCGGUGGCUAUGGGCAUGUUCCUGCCGGUUGGACUCCACAUGCAUCCAAUGAUGGCUGGAUUCGCCAUGGCAUGCAGCAGCGUCAGCGUGGUGGUCAGCAGCUUGCUCCUCAAGUUUUGGAAGCGACCACAAUGGAUGAAGGACGCGGAAGCGGAGCAAACGGGUGGUCUUCGAUGGGCGAGCGGAAGGGGUGUGCUGGGCUGGGUGAGAGAGAUGCUUGGCCGGAGACGCCGGAAGGGCGAAGUGGGAUAUGUACCGUUACAAAAUCUGGAGGCGGAGCAUGCAUAA